UCCACGACAUUUAGGUUUCGGACUCCUCAUUUCCAUUGCUUCAAUGAGUUCACUGACCAUUCUACUUCAUCCUUCUCCUUACCCCUUUUCACUUUCCAGUCCAUCAUACUUAAAUUCCAUCAUUUUCACUUUACCCAACAGACCAAAAAUUUUGAUUCCUCAAAGUGCCACAUUUUCUGCUUCACCAAAUCCCUCUCUUUGGACGAUUUCAGAGAUAGUCAAGGCUGUUAAUGGCAGAAUCAUUAGGUGGGGUCCACCUGGAACAAUCUGUACGGACACCAGGACACUUGAACCAGGACAAUGGUUCCUCCCUCUUGUUGGCCAAAACUUUGAUGCCCACAAUUUCAUUACCCCUGAAUUAGCCACCAAAGGCUGUGUUGGAGUAAUUGGGAACUGGGUUUGUGAGGACUGGAACAAUGGGUUUGUAAAAGUGGAGGGUGAUACUGUAAGUUCUUUAAAAAGUUUGGGUUUUUAUGCAAGAAACAGGUUCAAUGGUUGUUUAAUUGGGUUAACAGGAAGUGUGGGAAAGACCACUACAAAGACUAUGAUAGCAUUGGCUCUGGAGAGUGUUGGAAAUGUUUAUUACAGCCCAGGGAACUGGAACAAUGAGAUUGGGGUCGCGUUAUCCCUUAUAGGGAUGCCGAGGGAUGUGGGAUUUGGCGUUUUGGAGAUUGGGAUGAGCAAGAAAGGUGAGAUCUUGGAAUUGUCCAGGAUGUGUAGGCCAAAUGUAAGGGUGAUUCUGAAUGUGAAUGCUGCACAUUUGGAGAAUUUCGCCAACUUGGAGGAGAUUUCCAUGGCGAAAGGGGAGAUUUUAAGAGAAGCAAUGCCGGGAGAUGUGUGUAUAUUGAGUGGUGAUGAUCCUCUUGUCAUGAGUCUCCCAGUUCCGGCUGGAGUUAAGAAGGUCCUAUUUGGCCGAAAGUUGGGUUGUGAUAUUCGUUUAGUUUCUUCACAAAGCAUAGAUGGAGGUCGCAGUGUACAAAUUGUUCUAGAGGGGUUCAAUGAGAUGGUUGAAUUCGUAAUCUCCAGUCCUGGCCUGCACCUGGCCAUUAAUGCAUGUGCAGCUGCUGCUGUGGCUAGUGCACUUGGUGUUCCUCUUGCUCUAGCUGGAAAAUCCUUAUCCAAAUUUAUUCCUGUUCACAUGAGAUCAGAACUUGAAGUAGCUGAAAAUGGGAUUACAAUAAUAAAUGAUGUUUACAAUGCAAGUCCAGCUAGUACUGAAGCAGCCAUUGACUUGUUAAGGAACAUCAACUGCAAUGGUAAACGAGUUGCUAUACUUGGGGACAUGCUUGAACUUGGUCCAAAGGAAAUCAACUUCCAUGAGUUGAUGAUACAGAGUUGCGUCAAUGCCCAUUUCGAUGUAAUUGCACUUGUUGGAACAAGGUUUAUACGUGCAGCUGAGAGUAUAGACUGUGCUCAGGAGAUAAAACAGGUAUGCACCACUGAUGCUCACCGGAUGGCUUCUAAAAUUAUCAAUUACUUGAAUAGUGGUGAUGUCAUCCUUGUCAAAGGCAGUCGCCAAAUAGGCAUGGAGGUGAUUGUCGAUGCAAUUAAGUUUAUCCACUUUGGUGUCCCACUUUGCCAUUCAGUAAUGAGCAACUAUGACUGACAGAAAUUAUGCAAUGUGAUCAUCGAUUCAAGACCUCUCGGUAUGGUUAGUUCAGGGCCCGCAGCUGGCGUAAGGAUAGAUAAUUAGAGUUUUGGUGUUUCAAGCACCUCUUUUUAUGGUUUUUUUUUUUGAAAAAUGCUGGAAGGUCUGGGUAGCCAUACGAGCUGGCCCUCGGGUGACAAGCUCUUUUACAGGUGAGUGCUUAAGCUGCUUGGUAGAAGCCUUCGUUGAAGAUGCUUUCUUCGGUUUAGUAUCGUGAAGAAUGAAUCUAAAGAUUGCAAAAUUUACUGUUGGUCCAGAUGAAGGGCCUCUUUGCGGAUACUUUCUGCAACGUUAGCACCGGAGGGUGUCAAUAAAACCAUACUUACUCCAGGAAUGACACUCCAGAAAUCAGCUUAUUGCUCAAGAAGUCACUUAAGGUAAUGAGGCUUUUGAAAAUAUACUCCCCGAGUACUUUACUCACUUUGACUUCCUUAGGAGACUCGGGAAAAUGUUCCAAGAGGAGACAUAAGAUUUAUGUCUGUGAACCUGUGAAGCAAAUGACAAAUUUGCUAUUACGAGUAUCAGAAGCACAUCGGUUGAAAUCCCAACGAAAAUAAACGAGUAACUGAGUAAGAAGCGGAAUAGAACUACGGAGAUCAAGGUGCAGUUCACACUAUGAACUUGAAAGGCCAUACAUUGCAAGAGCUACCUCCUUAAAUCUCAUUCAACAUCAUCACCAAGGUUAAACCUUACUUUGGAAAUUUGGUUUGGUCAUGUGAGGAGGAGGAGCACAGACGCCCCGGUGAGGAGGUGUGAGAUGUUGAUAUUGGAGGGCCUACGGAGAGGUAGAGGUAGGCCAAAUAAGAGGUGAGAAGAAAUGAUUAGGCAAGACAAGGCGCAUCUUCAGCUGACCGAGGACAUGACCCUGGAUAGGAAGGUAUGGAGGUCGAGAAUUAGGGUAGUAGAGUAGGUAGUCUAGAGUGUUCAUAGCAAUAGUACUGACAUGCAGUCUCGCUUUCUGUUGGUAGUAGGUUUUUAUGACUAUUCGUUGUUUUCUUUAAUUGGUGAUCACC